CCAUUUAUUCUUCAUCUCCAAUUCUACACGCACACUCGGUUUUCUCUUCCUAUAUAUAUAUAUUCCCCUUAUUUUCAGUUUCACAAAUUUAAUAAUUAAUAAUUCCUAUUUCUGGAUCCAAUUUCAAUUAACAAAAUCAUGGCGACAUUAAGAUCGCUAGACGUGACAAUAAUCUCAGCAAAAGGGCUUAACAAAGUCAACUUAGUUGGCAAAAUGGAUGUAUAUGCAGUUGUCUACAUCAACAACACAAUAACAGGAAACCAAGAUCAGAAACAAAAGACCCAUGUCGACAAAGACGGCGAUUCUAGUCCGACAUGGAAUUAUUCGAUGUCUUUCAAAUUUGACGAAUCUGCUGCGUUACAGAACAGGCUAACACUUGUUGUCAAGAUCAAAACUGAAGGGAUGUUUGGUGAUAAAGAUCUUGGUGAAGUUCAUGUUCCUGUUAAGGAGCUUUUAGAUGGUGUUACUAAUAAUGGAAAGCCGUUACAGUUUGUUAGUUAUCAAGUUAGGAAACCAUCAGGAAAACCCAAAGGGGAGUUGAGUUUUAGUUAUAAGUUAGCUGAACGACCUGCUCCUGUUGGUAAAUUGGAUGAUCAACCUGUAACGGCUUAUCCGGCUGGAAAUCCAGCUGGAAUAGGUAAUAAUAGUAUUCCAACCGGAAAGGUUGACCAGCCGGAUAAGCCAAAUGGAAAGGCUGAUGAGCCUGUGACAGCUUAUCCAGCUGUUGGGCCGUCUGGAUCUGGCGGCCCAGGAUCUUUGUAUCCACCAGUUUAUGCAGCAGCCCCACCUGUUGUGACUGGGGCUGCUUCGGUUGCUGGACCAUAUCCACCUGCAACAGGAGGCGUGUAUUACCCGCCUCCUGCGGGUUAUCCACAACCACCACCACAAAGUGGAUAUGCAUACCAGCAACCACAACCGGGUUAUGGCGGAUAUCCUCCAUAUCCGCCACCUGGGUACGGUGGCUACCCGCCCCCACAACCGGGGUAUGGAUAUCCCCCGGUUCAACAACCACAACAGGCUCAAAAGAAGGGCAAGUUUGGUAUGGGAUUGGGAGCAGGGUUGCUUGGAGGUGCGUUGGGUGGUUUGUUGAUCGGUGAUAUUGUGUCAGAUGCUAGCGGUGGUUGCGGUGGCGACUUUUAAUAUAAAAGGUGUGUAUUUUUAGGAUGUUUGUUUUCAUAUGAAAGAGUAAAAGGCAUGUGUAUUGCCUUGUAAUAAUUGUCAUAUCUAUUAUCAAUAAUAGAUGGAAAAGAACUUGUGUA